GGCGUGUUUAUUGGGAUGCUGUCAGUUGGUAUUAUCAGCUCCAGAUAUCGCCCACUUUUCCUGUCAGCUCGGAGGAAUUCCUCGUCUGAGCGAACGCCUUGUUUGCAGCCCGACGCUCUGGCCUCUUUUCCUGAGCCGACGCGCCGCUACCGCCGCUUGUCUGGGAGCGGUUCUGCGAGCUGGGAGUCAGUAAUGAUGAAUGGUUCCGACGUUGCCAAUACAACAACAUCCAGCCCCAAAACCAAAGAGGACCAAGUAGUGAAUGGCCACGAUGAAAAGGAAAACAACCCUUUUGCAGAGUACAUGUGGAUGGAGAAUGAAGAAGACUUCAACAGACAGGUGGAGGAAGAGCUGCAGGAGCAGGAGUUCCUUGACCGCUGUUUCCAGGAGAUGCUGGAUGAAGAAGACCAGGACUGGUUCAUUCCAUCACGCGACCUGCCCCAGGGCAUUGGGCAACUGCAGCAACAGCUGAAUGGGCUGUCCGUUGGCGAUGGUCACAGUUCAGAGGACAUUCUGAGCAAAAGCAACUUGAAUCCAGAUGCCAAGGAGUUUGUGCCUGGUGUGAAGUACUGACCUUCAAGACAGGCUUUGGAAAGACUGUGUCCCUGGCUCCAUUGGUGGGGAAGGUGGCAAGGAGGAGCAGGGAGGGAAGGGAGGGGAUCCGCCCACCAGCUGGACUCUGCGCCGUAGCAGAGUUGCUGCAACAUGGCGAAAUCUUGCUCUACGCUUCAAGUACCGUUUUUGAGGGUUUGGGUUUUUUUGUAUUUUUUUUUUGUUUUUUACUCUCUUUUUAUCGUCUAUCACUUUUUGGCAGUUUUUGCUUUCUAGGACUUGUGGCCCUUAGGUCUGUCCUGGAGUCCAGCACUCCUUCUGCUUCAGAGGCCGAUUUUGAUGCGUGCUUCAAACCUGCUAGUGAAGAAGUCAUGUUUUCUUGUUUAAGUAGAUUUUGUAGGGAUCCCCCUGCCUGCCUGCUCCCAUCUCAGAUGCAGCGAGCCAGGAAGGACAGGACCUGGGCAAGGAGCCACGCUAGCUUUUCGUAAUUCCAUUAAAUGGAAUUCCUUUAGAUAAAGGAAAGGAGAAGUGUAACAAGACCAUAAGCCCCAAGUUCCUCCAAGCAGAGUGCAUCAGCUCUCUGAUAAGUGCUGAACGCUAAUUUAUAUGCUGCUUUGCUGAUAGGUGGAAGAGUCCUGCCUGCUUUAAUUGGUUGUGGGAGUUCUUGCACUGGGGGAGACCAGACCCGUUAGAUGCUAGCCCCCACCAUCCUUCCUAGGGGAGGUUUCUUCUACAAAAUACAUGUUGCCCUUAAAGAAUUUUUUCCCUGACUCUUGGGCUUAUCUGGCAUUAAAGCCUAUGGCUCUGAAGCAUCUGUGACUUCAUUUCUUACUGAAAUAGUUUAAAUAAAUCCAAGAGAAACUGAAUAUAGCCUGUUCUCAGCCACGUUGCAAAGUGCAUCAGUGGGGAGUUAGUUUUAAGCAGCUUCUCUGGAAAAGGAGAGGAAUCUUCUGUCCCUUGGCAAGCUCUGAGGGUUCCUGCCUCAAAUGGGCUCACAUGUUAUGAGACCCUUUUCCCAUCCCUCACUGCCCUUUGGAAAGCAGGUUCCCUCCUUGGAAAUGUCUUUCUCUUGGUUGAGAGAGGGCUGAGACUAUUCUUUCUCCAGAGAGCUGCAGAGUGGAGGAGGAGAGGACAGUCAUACUGACAUCCUACCUGUUACCGCACCCUCUGCAGGAGCCUGCCUUCUUCCAGGGCGGUGCUCCCUGAAUGCGGAGACUAAGGAGCCCCCUUCAACCGGGAGUUUCCUCUCUGGAACAGCUUGUGUGGGGUGGGGUAAGAGCAAAUCCACUUUGAUCUGUCCCUUAUGGACUUGCUGGUGAGCAAGACGAUUCUGAAUCCCAGGAGUGUGCCCACAAACAUAAAUAGAGAAAGAGAUUUUCGGGAGGUGACAGCCAUCAUUUUGUCCUGGUCUCCUAAAUGCCAUGUGUGAGGAACUCCACUGGUGCGUGUCUUUUAGGUCAAGCCUGCCACAGAAGCAGCUGCCCAGCACUUUGGUGUCACCUGGUGAACGGCAUCCAUGCCUCUUUUCCUGUGAGCCUGCUCUGGGAUCUCUUUCUCCAUCAGCAAGAGCUGGCAGUAGCCAGGCUUCAGCUCCCCACACCACAGCCCCCUGCACUCCUGAUAUUUUAAAUCAUGUUCUUAGUGGAUUUCUUCUUUGGAGAACCAGGGCCAGAAAACUUUACCAAGAGGAACCAUGUGGUUCUUGGUAAGGUCUAUACCCUAACGUAAGCUUUUUAUUUUUACUGCACUCUAGUAACGCUAUGUGAGUUUUUGUUAUUCUGCAUAGAUCUCACCUGCCAGGUGCACUUUUUUAUAGUAUUCCCUUUAUUUAAAUAGACUAGUUAAUUGAUGGGGAUUACAGAUCCCUUUGAGAUUUGCAGAGAUGGAAGCUAAUGGCCGUUCAGUAGCUGCUUACUGACCUCUUGGUCUGUCUCUGCUAGCUCAGCAUGGAAAAGCCUGCAGCUGCGGUUCUUUCGCUCUGGUUCCCACCUUGGUAAGCUCAGCAGAAGGGCCCAGGGUUACAAGGACCACAAACACUAACGAUGCUCUGGAGGACAGAUCUGAAUUGAUUUAACUCGGUUGCUCUCUGUAUAGUCUAGUCUGUAAUUCAACAGAACAUCGGUCUCUGGCUGUCAAUCUUAAAACCAGCACUAAACUCUUAGAAGCUUUCCACAGCAGCUGAAGCCAGAGUCAGAAGCCUGUUGAAGGUAUCUAUCUAAAUAUUGUUGCCUGGGGGUAUUGGUUGAUUUGUAUUAUAUUCUUCUGGUUUUCAGUACAAUCCGUGCCUUCAGCACCUGCUUAGUUGCCUCUAGCCUCUGGCUAUCAGAGGCUUCCCUCUCUCUCUGGGGCCAGAGGACAUAUUGCACUAAGUAUUUUGCAGCAGAUAAACUGCAGUAUAAAAGCAGAAGGUGUUCAAACUCCACAGCUCUGCUCCAGACUGUUGUGAGGCUAGCUAGAGUCGAGGCCAUGCUACAGCGCUGCACGGGGCUGUGUGAGGAAGGGCAGUAUACUCUGGUCAAACUUCUUUUGUAUGGGUAGUUCCUUCUUUCCCCCCAGCUUCUCUGGUUUCUAUUUGAUCUCUUACAAAAAGAGCCCUCUGAUGACAUGCUGUAAAUUUCAGACAAUGCAUUAUUAAAAAUAAACUUUUUUUUUUGA